AUCAACAGGUUCAUUUUCACUUCGCUGUUGUACAUGCUACGUCAAAAUGCGCACGAGUGGGGCCCCAGCUGGUUCCUUGCCUUCACAUCAACCUCAUACACACCCCUCCUCUGGUGCACCGUGUCAGUGGGCACAAUUUAAGUCUGCACUACAUUCUGACCGGCCUUUUGAGUAUGGCUACUGGCUAUCGGUUGGUGUAUCUACACUUUUCGACUGGGCAGUGCGAGCUUUGGGCCCGUGCUUGGUCACUCUUGCCUGCCUUUUGAUCGGCCUUGUCACAUGUCUCUACUUUGGCUACAUCCUUCCAGAGCUCGUGGGCUGCAGAGGAAAAAGCGGCUCUGGCGUUGAGGAUCCAGAUGUCCGGUACUUAUGCCUCGCACGUGUAAUACACGGAAGCUGGGCAGCGUUUCUGCUGUUUAACACGCUAUUCAACUAUUUCCAUUGCGUCAUGACCUCCCCUGGUUCGCCCUUCGUCAAUGCGUGUGAUGCCUCAAUGCACUCCCAUGGCGAAAUCCAGGCUCCGUCUGUGCAUGCCAAUGCAGGCACUCCCACAGAUUCACAUUCACCACUUCACGUCUCCUCUGCCCGUAGCGACCAUGUGGAUGCACGCACGUAUGGAUUCUGUAAAAAAUGCCGUACACCCCGCCCUCCCCGCACCCACCACUGCCACGUCUGCAAGUCUUGUGUCCUCAAAAUGGAUCACCAUUGCCCAUGGAUCGGACAAUGUGUCGGGUACUACAACUACCGUUAUUUCGUACUAUUCAUGAUGUACCUGUGGGCAGCGUGCGUGUAUGGCGCCCUCCUGCUCGGUCGGCCAUUUUUAGACAUGAUGUACGGCAGCAGUCAAGGUGGCGGGCCCCGAAUGCCUGUCAUCGUGGGGUCCCUCGCCUCUGCGCGCUCCGCUAUUAUCCUUACAUUUGUUUUGGCCUUCUCCGUUGGGCUGGCGCUGACAGGCUUGUUGGGUUGGCACGUUUUUCUCAUCACGACCGGGCAGACGACCAUUGAAUUUUACAUUAAUAAGGCACGGAGGGAGCGAGCCCGACAACGAGGGUUUUUGUACACCAACCCUCACGACUUGGGGUCACGACAGAAUUGGCAGCAGGUAUUUGGGCGUGAUUUGCCUUGGUGGAGAUCUCUCCUCCCCUCGACGCGGUUGCCGCCGGCGCCCGGGGUCGGGCCGGGAGGGCCGGACCCCGGACAGGAAAAGGCGGGCGCCGAGCCGAGAGAGGAGGCAUGGUGGGCGGAAGAGCACCGGCUGUCAGCGAUGGAGGAGGGGGAAGAGGAAGAGGAGGAGGAAAUGAUAACGUGUGACGGCGGAGAGUGUGCAGUUCUUGGAGAAGGGAAGAGGGGGAACAGAAGGAGAGGAGGGGGGGCGGCCGUUCCUGCGAAAAAAUGGAAGCGGAAUGGGAGUCGCAUGAUUUUUUCGGGUGUAGAACGUCACACCCCUCCGGUGAUUGUCUAGCACCCCUGAAAGUGUACGUUUAAAAGACUUGAGAUGCGAGAUAGAAGGCAGGCAGCGUGCGGCACACGGACGGCCCACAUGACUGACCUUCGGCAUCGCUUUCAGCAGACAUGUGAAAGUUCCAAGCCAGCUAUAGAUCCUUUUUGCACGAUUUUUU